CGGGAAACCCAAAAUGGCGGUCGAGAGACUCGCCAAAAGAUAAUGUCAACAAAUCAACGUUUUUUAGGUUUUCCAUCGUCUGUUUAUACUCGACAAACUCUGAUAAGAUGAGUCAGGGAAGGAGGUUUGUGCGGGCAUUAUCGAGAAUUGGUUAUCCUAAAGCUGAUGAGUUCGAAGGUGACAGUCUUGAGUGGUUGUUCGACUGUGAAUCACUUGUGCCCUUUCUGGAAUGGUUUUGUGAAAAUAUACACGAAACGAAUGUGCUGUCACAAGAGGAUUUAAACAGGUAUAUAUAAAACAUUUCAGACUCAGGACAAUUGUAAUUGCUACGCCACUGAGAAAGUACUCUAGAGUUUUCAGUUUGUAUACUUGUGUAUUCAAAGGAGUUCAUAGAUCUCUCUAAGGAGGCCAGAGCAGGUCUUCCCAAAUUUCCCCCAAAAUACUGUAUACCUACACCAAUUGCAAUCACUUUGACAAGCAAAGAAACAAAAACAAAAAAGCCAAAGGAUAAUAAGUAAGCCUUAAAAAUCACAUUUUGAUUUCUUGACAACACUGAAAACACGGGCAUUUCACUUUUUUAAAAAAUUUUGGUCAAAUUCCCCAGGAUAUGUAAGUUGGCAGGUUAGAUGGUCAAAUGCCCCACCGGCCGAGCGCUUCAAAAAGUAUCAAAUCUCCCACCCACCAGUGACUAUUCAAAGAAUUUUCCCACGCGUCAAACCGUUUAUUGAAAUGUAAAUAUCCUACUAAACACAUCUGAAAUAUCUAAAGUCUCGGUAAGUUGUCUUAUAAAGGUUUGUUCAUUUAAAUAUAAAAUUAUUCAUUCCAGAAAGUCCACACUUAAUGGGCUUCUCCAAAGCCUCUCAAAUGAUCAUCUCAAACAAGACAGAAUAAAGGAGCAAUGACCAGUGAAUGCGGUGCACAUGCUGAAUGUGGAAAGAAUUACAAAAUCCUUCUGUGGCGGCCUUAUUUUGGAUCAAAUUCCCCACUGUAUGGAGCAAAACUCCUGUCAAAUGCCCAGGGUAUACCCUGGGGGAGGAUAAGUGGUUUUGGAAUUGACUGGUACAUAAUGAAUUUGACAUCAAUUAACAUGAGAAAAAUUGGCCAAUAUAAUUUAGUGUUAAUUUCUUUGUCUGUGAUAGCCUUCCUCGGAGAUUCCAUGUCAAAUUACUUUUUUGUCAUCACCUUUAGUAACUCCACCUUGUACUUUGCUUGUAGGUUUGAUGAACUUUGUUCAUCAGGAGCUUCUAUUCUUGAAGUAAGUAACUUUACUUACUGAAGUUACUUUAUUAAUAUAGAAAUAAUCUAGAGAUCAUUACACUGUAGAUGAAAAUAAUUCCUUUAAAAACAAACAAUAGUAAUAUUAACCUUUUAAUAUUAUUCCUUUUAUCUUCUUCAGCUCAAAAUAAGUUUCUGUGUCAAAUUUUUCAACCUGGGUUAAUUCUCAAUUACCUUUUUCUCCUACCCUAAUUAUGAGGCAAAGGAAACAGAGAAUCACCCAAAGUUAAAAAAUUUUAACCCAAAUUUAAUUCUGCCUAGUAACAGUCAUAUCCGCCUGCUUAUUCUCCACACUGUUCUCCAUACCUUUCCUAUCGCAGGGUUGUAUGUGUUUCCCAGGUUAGGAAACACAUAUCACUAGGGAUAUGUGUUUCCAAGGUAGGGGAACACAUAUCACUAGAGAUAUGUGUUUCCCAGGUGGGGGAACACAUGUCACUAAGGAUACGUGUUUCCCAGGUUGAGGAACACAUAUCACUAGGGAUGUGUGUUUCCUACGUAGGGAUCACAUCUCAAUAGGGAUAUGUGUUUCCCAGGUCGGGGAACACAUAUCACUAAGGAUAUGUGUUUCCCAGGUGCAUGGGGGAACACAUAUCACUAGGGAUAUGUGUUUCCCAGGUCGGGGAACUCAUAUCACUAGGGAUAUGUGUUUCCCAGGUGGGGGAACACAUAUCACUAGGGAUAUGUGUUUUCCAGGUGGGGGAACACAUAUCACUAGGGAUAUGUGUUUCCCAGGUAGGGGAACACAUAUCACUAGGGAUAUGUGUUUCCCAGGUGGGGGAACAGAUAUCACUAGGAAUAUGUGUUUCCCAAGUGGGGGAACGCACAUCACUAGGGAUAGAUGUUUCCCAGGUGGGGAACACAUAUCACUAGGGAUAUGUGUUUCCCAGGUAGGGGAACACAUAUCACUAGGGAUAUCUGUUUCCCAGGUAGGGGAAAACAUAUCACUAGGGAUAUGUUUUUCCCAGGUGGGGGAACAUUUUUCAUUUUACAGGUGUUUUAAUCCUCCAUUUUUUUCACUUCUUUCCAAUAAUUUAUAGGCUGCAAAAACCUUAAAGUAGCCGGUGAGAGCGCCAUUUGCUGGUGCAUUUUGACAACCCUGCUAUCGUACUAGGAAGGAGAAUAUUUUCAACAAUCAAUACCUUUUUCAGUCACUGAUCAUUUCCCUCUGUCAUAUAAACUAUUGUGCUUGACUGAGCAGUGUGACAGUAAGGAGAAGUAAAAUGCUGCUCACUCUUGAAGAAGAGUAAACUGCACAUUCUUUUAAUCUCUUGCCAGAAUGUUAUGGGGACACAAUGUUUUAGUAAUAAUAUUAUUGUGUUGUUUAAUAAAACAUUUGUUUACUGCAGAAUGAACAAAUUGACAAGACUCUCUCUGUGUUGUUACAAGAAGACGAACAGUUUUCAAACGAAACUCUGAGGUAUAGAUUUGGGAAAAAUCAUUUGAUUAGUAAAGUAAAAGUCAAAUCCAUAGGUUUAGCACCUCCCGUGGUGAACACCCAAAAAAUUAAUUUCCUGGCCAGGUUUGUCUACAUUUAUCUAGAUGGUUAUAUGAACAGUACAUGGUUUAACAACUUAUAAACCUUUCAUGAUAACAAAAAACAUCUUCUUUCUACUGCCAAAGUUUUACAAACAGGUUCGCGUUUAAUGUUGAUGUUGCAUUACAUGUAAAAACUAUUCAAUGUUAUUAUUUCUUAAGUUUUUUCCUUAUGCUUGAAAGCCUUAAAAACAUCUUUCUUCCACAGAAAUGAGGUCAGCUCCCUGCAGACAGAGGUGCAGCUGAUACAACAAAGACUCCAAAAAAUUGUUUCACAGAGGAACAAAUUGAGGUACAUGUACAAAGAAAGUGAUUGUCCUCGCAGUAAUCAAACUACUAUAAUUAUUGUUUUAUACCUGAUUAAACUCAUCCCCAAUAAUUAUGCCAAUCUGGUGCUUCGGAAACUAGCAGUAGAGGCCUGAAGCAACUAGGUACAGCAGAAAGGUAUCCAUGGCAGCCCCACAGUAAUUUGGGAAACAACCUCAGCAGCCCGCACAGGAGAGUGUGCCUCUGGUGUAUAUUUUUUGUCUUACCAGUCAGGAAUGUUCCCUUACCUGCUGAGCUAAAAUUCAGGGAAAACACCCUAGCAGAAAGCAGGACACGAUCUACACCAGCUGGUCACUUGCAAAUGUGGUUAAAACAAAUGGCAGCCCUUACAAUUAUGGCAACAUUUUAAAACCUUUAAUUCGUUUGCUAAAAAUGAUCUAAGAGGGCAGAUUUAAAAGAGAAUUGCAUUUUAUUGUAGCAAAAAUUCAGAGUUGUUAUUAUCUUUUCUUGUUAGCCUCCAUCAUGCUGGCAUAACUCACAAGCUUUCAAAACUAAGUUCUGUGGUUCAGGAAAACAAACAAAAAUACAAAGCCAUUCUUGAAACCAGCCAAGCUGACAACACACAGGUACUGUGUUAAAAAAUUUACAUCUAUUCAAGUAUUGUGCAUCACAAAUUGAAUUGAAUUUCAAAUCUUAGUAAAUCUGAGUGUAUUGUAAUUUCUGCGUAAACUAUUUAAUAUCAUCCUCAUUGUCAUUAUCAUCACCAUCAUCUUCUGUGUUGUCAGUAUCACCUUUUGACCAUUAUUAUCAAUUAUAAAAUCAUUACAUGAUGUUCAUGUUUUGUUUGUUUCAGAUGAAUUCUGCAUUAGAGAAAUUAGAGCAGUCUGUUUCUGAAAUGACAGCAUUAUACUCUGGACAAGAAGGUACAUGUAGUUGUAGGUAAAAUCCUUCCUUAGUUUCAAUAUAGGUGUUCAAGCUUGUCGGAUUCAGAAUACCCUUUGUUUCCUCAUCCUAUUUAUUCAUAGGAGACAAAGGGAAAUUCUGGAUUAUCCUUAGAAUAUACAGUGUAUAUACAUGUAACCUACAACAUAUCAUGCUAGUGCAAUUUUUAAAUUAAAUCAAUUUUACAGCCAAGGGUAGUUUUUUCUAAUUCUUGCAAUGUGUUAGGAAAUGAAAUGCAAAUAAUCCUUAAUAUUAAUUUUUUCACUCCUCGAGCUAUAGCAGACAACAGUUACUGUGCCUUCAGCCCAACAGGCCACGAGUACAGGGACAAACCUGAUCAGGCACAGACUCACUUGUACAAUAUUUUUCUCUUUGCUUCAACUAUUUCUUGGCCUGUUCACUUAAGGGAGUGAGGUGCUCACAUACACCAUUGUUCUCGUUAUUCUUAUGACUGCUUGAACAUCUUUUGUCACAAGACAAUGAUAGUUAUAUUAUUACACCUCUGUAGGUUCUCCUUACUCUGUGACAUUUUUAUCACAACUCUCCUAUGACAAUUACUAUGAAUCUGAGGAACGAUUCACCGGAGAACUUACUGCUUACACAAGGAAACAGUUCUUUGAGGUAUGACUUGAUAGUCAGUGUUAAAAGCAUGACUACAUGUAUCAACUUUUUUCAAUGAGACCAUGGCGGAUACUAGUAACAAACAAGUACAAAAUUCUGAGGGAACCCUCCAUUAGAAUAAUGGAGCGCUUCUAAGUGGAAUUAGGGAUUCUAAAACUGGUUUAAUGUUAGUUAUAAACACUUGAAGCUGAAACAAAGGGUUUUUACUGUUGCUAUGCAUGCAGGCCCAACACAAUGGAAUUUAAAGGACUUUCUUAUUUCCGGCAUCAUGGGCCAAUUAUGUAUUCAUGCAAUGAGAAUAAUGAUGAUGCAGUGGAACCUCAAUAUAACGAAAGGCCAAGGGACUGGCAAACUUUGUUCACUAUAACAAGGUUUUGUUAUAUCAAGGUUCUUUUUCAUUAUAUUUUACUAUUAUUGGGAUAAAGAAAAUUUUUCGUUAUGCAAAGGACUUCAUUUAAUAUAUAGAUCGAGGUUUGUUAUUAUCGAGUUUACAUAAAUUGUACACCACAGUAGCCACUGGAUCAUUUGAUCUUGAGAAAUACAUCAGCCAAUGACAUGCAACAUAACUUUAUACUUACAUGUAGGGUAUAGCAGAGAUGGCUGGGAGAGAGGAAAAGUCAAGAUAUGAGUUACUGGAAAUCAGUGAUCCCUCAACACUUCUGGUUAGAGGUGAGAACAAAAAUUACCAUAAAUAAAUUACCCUUACAUCAUAAACUGAUGUCCAAUCAAUCCAAAUGGCCAUGAAAAUGGUUAAGGAAAUAAUCACCUCUCUACAAGAAUGCACCACCUUUUUGAAGUGCUUGCAUCAAGUAUGGCACUGAAAACUGUUGCAGUUUUCUGAUUAUUAAAAGUGUUAACAGAGUUCAUUUUUUUAUUAAUCAGGAGAAAACAAUGAAGUCAACUUCAAUGACUGUCAAGAGCUUGCAAGACUACAAACUGUGUAAGUGAAUUCUGUGAUUUUAUAUCAUCUUUAAAAGUAAACAGCUAAAUCAACAGUACACAAUGCAACCUUUUUUCUAUGAAUCACUGACUCCGGCAGUGAAAGUGUUAAAUGAGCGUGAGUUAUUUAUUUACUUAUUUUUGUGUGUUUGUUCAACACUAGGAAAACACAUCCUUUUUUGUUGGAAUCCUGUAAAAUUCCUGGGUGUCCUGUGUAACCAACUUAAAAAAACUUUCAGGGUUUUUUUCUUGUUUUAUUAUGUAUUAAUUCUACACUAUCUUUAACAAUAUUCUUUUGAAAGGUGCAGAUUUACAUUAUGUAGCUCUUGCUGGUUUACACUUCUUUACGUGAAUGCCUUAAUAAGCUAUUAUAACCUUGCAGUUAUGCUUCAAGUGAAAGUAAAAGAAUUCAUAACAUGGCUGCCGCAAUGGGAGUAAGCACAGCGCUCAAAGCAGCAGAGGAAAGAAUGAAAAGUUUAUCAUGGGAGACAAGCCCUCCAAGCACUGAGAAACUAAGGUGAUAAUGAAAAUACAUAAAGUGGAGUGUACAUACAGUGUCAGUUAAUGCGACAGGGAUAAUAAUUGGGCAAAAAACACUGGUGAGAGACCUAAUAUACCUCCUAUACAAAUAUUUUCGUCCCUUGUAAGACUUUAAUUUCUGUGAUAUUAUUUUUACAGUGAUGGGGACAAUGAUGUAACUUGUUAUGGCUGCACUCAAAGAAAAUAUUUUUUCAAUAAAAUAUUAUUCAAGUGCUUUUAGAAAGUUGCUUUUAAUUGGUUUUAAGCUUCACAUGUGACGACAAAAAAUAUCAAUCUGCUGAGCACCCUAAAAGUGACUUUUUUUUUUUCAUUGUUAUUUUGAUCAGUGCCAAACUGCUUGAAGUUCAAAAGGCUCUUUCUCAAGUCAAAAUGGAGAUAGGGGAACUUUCUGAGCAGGUGCUGCCUGGGCUGGUACAGGAGCUGGGAGAGCUACAAGCCACAAGUAUCCUUAAAGGGGACUAUGAACUAAAGAUAGCGAGGCAGGAUUACUUCACAUCCAAGCAAGAUCAGGUAUCUGCGCAAAACACUCUGAAGAAAUAGUUGCAGAGUAGCGGGGAUGUAAUUAGGGGGGGUGGGGGGAGCAGGGUAGUGUGGCUGGAAAGGGAAGAGGACAGGGGAUCUAGGAUAAAUGAAGGAGGAAAAGUGUUGAAUUAUUACAAGCACAGAGAGGCUGUAGCUGAUGAUAAGAAAGAAGGAGUAGUGUUUGUGAGAAGCACGAAGGUUCCCCCUUUAGGCAAGAAUGAUAGUUUGUCUAAAAACCUUUUAUUAUUUUUUCUUUAGGUUAUCACUCAACUUUUGCUUCAGCAAUCCCGUCGUGAGAAACAGGAAGGUUCCCCUUUUUGGCAAGAAUGAUAGUUUGUCUUAAAGCCUUUUAUUAUUUUUUCUUUAGGUUAUCACUCAACUUUUGCUUCAGCGAUCCCGUCAUGAGUUUCUUUCGAUGGCUCUUGAAGUUGAAGGCCGUAGAAAUCGCAACACUCACCGUUUAUUCAGCACUUUAGAGAGCACACUUGAGGACUCAGUCAACGGACUUGAAUCUCGCUAUGUAUCCUGCCAUCAUCACUCACUCAUUACUUGACAUUAUCCCCUAACCCUGUAUUAGCACACUGUUUAAUGUUGUCUUACAGUCAAACCAGGUCAAGCGUUCCCGUCGCUAACAAACUAAUGAAUUCAUUAAUGGAAAAAUGAUUUCGUUUGUUGAUUCAAUAAUCCAUUCAUAAAAUGAACAAUCCAAUAGUCAUAUUUAGCCUCGAUUCCAUAAUCGAAUGUUGAUUCGAUUACUGUUUUUUGAAAAACAAGUUGACCUCAGAAUUUUGUUUUUUCCUCUUUUUUUCUGAGAAUCGAGUGCUGGCGAGUUCUGAAGUUCAAACCCAAACAAACUGUUACAUGUACGCCAGUUUGCUGCCAAUAAUCAGUACAACAGACCUAGGCCUGACCUCUUAGAAAACACGACGGUCAAACUGAGGUCAGUGUAUGUGCGGUGAUUGGUGGAUUUCGAUCCUCGGCCUUUGUCAGUUUCAUUGCGUUUGCGGUCUGUCUAUUCUAGCUGUUAUUUUGAUUAAAGGCAAUGAAAAACGCAAUCGUAAACGGCAGGAAAAGGGAAGCAAAUACGAUUGAACACAACGGAAAGAAUGAAGAACAGGUAGAUUUUGUUCAUAAACCAAAUUAACAUUUGAUUAUUGAAUCGAGGUACAAUUUGACCGUUGGAUUAUUCAUUUUAUGAAUGGAUUAUUGAAUCAACAAACGAAAUCAUUUUUCCAUUAAUGAAUUCAUUAGUUUGUUAGCGACGGGAACGCUUGACCUGGUUUGACUGUAAGUCAUUGCAAAUUUUGGUAGGUCAUAAUGUAAGCUUAAGCUACUAUCCCUGCAGCCGCUAUUUUGCCUUCACGCAACGCUCUUCCCCUAUUCUUUUGGUGAGGAAUGUUGUCUAACUACACAAAAAACGGCUCUGGCAAAUUUUGCCUGAGGAAACGCCCGACAUUUUGCGACACCACCACUGGUUUGGACGAAAAUGACGUCUGUGGAACGGGCGCAGAAAUUCCAUACUGAUGACGUGGCACUACUCCGACCUGGCUAGUGCUUUUGAUUGGUUGUGCCGCAAGAGAAAUUUGCUUCAACCAAUCAGAAGCACUACCCAGAGCUGGGAAGUGACACGUCAUUAGUAUAAAAUUUCUGCAGUCUUUCGUCAGACGUCAUUUCACGAGGAAACCAGCCGUGGCAUCGCGAAAUGUCGUGUCUUUUCUCAGGCUCCGAUAAAUAGCGCAUGGGAUGAAUCACCCUCUGCUCUAAGCGGUUUGCAUAGUCAGUACAUAUACAGAUUAAUGAAGAAGCGCUAAUGUUAGGUUAAAUACAGUUAAUUAACUUUGCUAUAGCACUUGGGAUCUUACUACAAGCAACUUUAAACGUAUCAAGAAGGACUUUUUCUUAACUCCCAUCUCAGACAGUGAUGGAUGAAUAUGCUGCUCAACCACCCCACCCCUCCAGGGGAACUAUUGAUAGCCGAGAUCACUUCCUGGAAAGGCUCUUUCGUGUACUUGAAAGCUCGCCUAAGGGGGAGGUAGAUGAGACAAAACAAAUUUUCUUGGCUUUCAGUCAGUUAGUGGAAUGGAGUCAGAAGCUAGCAGCUCAGCUCGAGUCCUUGACGCAGUCCCUGUCUUCCUCGGGCAGCAAACAGGAGGAGGCUUGGAAACAACUGUACGUUGAUUUAAAUUUGCUCCUUUUAUUCUCUCUAGAUUGCAUGUAAAUACAUUUAUCAGGUGCUGGCACGAUGCGCAGCGUGUUCACGUGGCCACAUGUUCAAAUUCCAUUUCAAGAACACAAUGUUUACAUGUUAUUCUUUCCAUAUAACUUAUUUUUCUACUGACUGUAGAUUUUGAAAUGCUUCCUGAAUUGCUAUAUCCAUUGUUUUUCUCUUGUUUUAGAGAGCAUAACCUUCAGCAGUGUGCGAAGACAGUUUAUGGGGAAUCUACAACAACAAGAGGUCUACCACAACUAAGUCCCCAGGUUUGUUUACAUUCUACGAAGACGAGAACGACUACAAGUACGAGAUUUUCAUUCAAUACUAAAUAAAGUUGAACCUCUCCACAACAAUCACCUUAGGGAGGGACAGAAGAAAGUGAUCAUUGCAGAGAGGUGGCCAUUGUAGAGAGGUUUAAACAAGAGUCGAUGUAUGGACUAUCCGCCAAAAAAAGUGGUCGUUGCGGAGAGGUGACCGUUAGUGGAGAUUCGACUGUAGUACCAGCGUCAUUUUGGCGCGGAAACGUGAUAGCCGUCGUCAUUCUACUACGAGUUUAAGCGAGAAUGUCGUAGUGGAGGCAACAAGUCAUCAAACGUUAGAAGUUUUAUCAUUUUGCGAUCGGAAGAGGGUUUAACCUCCUUCAAUAAAAAUUAACCGUGUUAACCUUUUCAGGUGUAAAGCUAUCCGGGGUGAAUGUUUUUUAACAAUACGCGGAAAAAACUUUCAGUCAAAUCUCGUACUCGUAGUUGUUCUCUUCGUCGAAUCUAAAGGUCUCUAUCACUGUCGCUCACCAAUCCAAGAUCCUUACCUAAACAGCGCAGUGCGCAUGCGUCACCCAGUAUGUACAGUACCAGUGGCUAUUUUUAAGUGUUGUUGUGAUGGGUGGCGGGGGAAGGUUGGAGUAGGGGGGUUGACUUUGGGGUUACUAGAAACCAGUCGAGCCGCUGCCUCCUAUAUUCAUUGAUAGAUUUAUUGUUUAUUUAUUUGUUUAUCUAUUGUAUUAUAGUGUAUAGCGGAUGGCCUGAGGCAGUUGGAUGAACUUCUUGUAACACUGGAACAGUCCAUAAAAGACAUCAUAAAAGACUGCGAGUCCAAGAAGAAGGUACACAAGUAAUGCUACUGCAGAGUUUUGGUUUGUGGUAAGUGGUAUUAUUUUCUUCUUGUUGCCUUACACCAGUUUUAUUUUAUUUUAUUCUCCAGGUGCUCCGAUCGGAUAGCUUAAAGCUCAUGGAAAGGGAACUGUUUGUAUAUUUUUUCACGGAUCCUCCUCGUCUUAAACGAGCCAUUGCUGAGUUAGCAGGCAGGGUUGACGCCCAUCUUGUAUCAUUAAAGUGAAGCCGGGGUACAUAGGAAUCUUGGUUAAACACGAAAACACUCAAUCGCGGAGAGAUGAAAGAAUGCUAAUGUGUUUCCGACCUUCUCUGACAUCUGUCAGAGAGAGAAAUAUAAAGGAAGAAAACGAACUUUUUCGAUGGCGCACCGAACUCGUCACCUUUUUUAAGGGGAGGAAAGAACCUCUCUCCUCCGCUGAGGUUCGAUGGGGCGUUAUUGGAUUUCUGCUGCACGAAGUGAGUGCAGGCGCUAAAACCGAAAGAUGCUUACAAAGCAAAAAACUCGUGCAGACUUUGAUUAUCAACUAGCAGGGGCACCCAACGACAAUUUUCGGAAGAAUAUCUGUUCGGAAGACGAUUUUAGAUCUAGUAUUUUUCGGAACAUUUGUUGUAAAAUUUC